UUUAACUGAAGCAAAAUGGUUUUAUAGAGGCAUUCCUUUAUAGUCGGCAAAACCCAUUGUUUUUUCUUCUUCUGUGGCAGAUUUCCUUUGCGUUCCUCUUCAAAAUUCAUAACUCUAUUUCCUUUUGGCACCGAAUUUCCCGACCUUCAUAUUUUUUUUCUAUUAAAAAUUCAAACUUUCUUGCUUUAUUAUUAUAAUUAUUUUAUUAUUAUUAUUAACAUUUUGUGGGUGUUUGGUGGAAAGGAAAAUGUUCUGAAGCUGACUAACUCCCAUAAAACUAUUCAAUGAAUUUCCCUUUUAUACAUAAAAAAGAAUAUAUUUUUAUGUUUUUGAAGAUUUGGGUUUUCUUAGAUUAAUGGGUUUUACAGUUCAUAUCUUGUCAUAAACACGCUUUACAUUUCCGUGUUGAUUUUCCUUUUCUUCAUUUUGUGUUGGGCUUGCUUACAUUUUCAUACCAGAUCUCAAUUUGGCUUUGCUUGGAGUACAUUCAGACAUUCAUUCUUCCCUGAUCAAAUUUUGUGUUAUGUACACAUAAAGUUUUGAUCUUUUCAUAUUUUUGGUAUUUGGGGUAAAUUUUAGUAUGCUUUUGAGACAAAGCAGUGUAUAGUUUGAAGGUUUUAAAAAAAAAGAGAGUGAUGGCAUCUGGUGAAGGGAGAAGGAACCAUCAUACUCUUGUACCUCUUGCUGCACUGAUUAGCAGAGAAAUGAAGACUGAAAAGAUGGAAAAACCAACUGUGAGAUGUGGGAAUGCUGCUCAAUCUAGGAAAGGAGAAGACUAUUUUCUCAUCAAGACUGAUUGUCAACGAGUCCCUGGAAGUCCUUCAUCUACUUUCUCUGCAUUUGCUAUUUUUGAUGGGCACAAUGGAAAUGCGGCUGCAAUAUAUACAAAGGAGAAUCUGUUGAAUCAUGUUUUGGGUGCCCUACCCCGCGGCCUAGGGCGAGACGAGUGGCUGCAAGCUUUACCUCGAGCAUUGGUUGCGGGGUUUGUAAAGACAGACAAAGAAUUUCAGAGCAGAGGUGAAACUUCUGGAACUACAGCCACAUUUGUAAUAGUAGACGGGUGGACGGUGACAGUGGCAUCUGUUGGAGAUUCGCGUUGUAUUUUAGAUACUCAAGGUGGCGCUGUUUCUACUUUAACCGUUGAUCAUAGGCUCGAAGAGAACAUAGAAGAGAGAGAACGCGUUACUGCUAGUGGUGGUGAAGUCGGGAGGCUUAGCAUUGUUGGCGGAGCAGAGAUUGGUCCUCUUCGAUGUUGGCCUGGGGGAUUAUGCCUUUCUAGAUCAAUUGGAGACAUGGAUGUUGGCGAGUUUAUUGUUCCAAUACCAUAUGUCAAACAAGUGAAGUUAUCUCGUGCAGGUGGGAGGCUUAUAAUUGCUUCUGAUGGCAUUUGGGAUGCUUUAUCCUCGGAUAUGGCUGCAAAAUCUUGCCGUGGUUUGCCAGCCGAACUUGCUGCUAGACAAGUUGUAAAGGAGGCUUUAAGGACAAGGGGUCUAAAGGAUGAUACAACCUGCGUAGUUGUUGACAUUAUUCCUCCAGAUGCACCGGAACAACCUUCAACUCCCCCGAAAAAGCAGAGCAGGCUUAGAGCUCUGUUUAGGAAGAAGUCCCGUGAUUCUGUUAGUAAACUUUCGAAGAAACUAUCAGCUGUUGGAAUCGUUGAAGAACUUUUCGAGGAGGGCUCAGCAAUGCUUGCAGAAAGACUAGGAACCGAGGAACCAACGGGACAAUCAACAACCGGAAUAUUCAUGUGUGCUGUAUGUCAAGUUGAUCUUGCUCCAAGUGAGGGAAUCUCAGUUCAUGCCGGCUCCAUCUUCUCCACGAGCGCCAAGCCUUGGCAAGGUCCAUUCCUCUGCUCCGAUUGUCGUAAUAAAAAGGAUGCCAUGGAAGGAAAACGCCCGAGCGGAGUUAAAGUAGCUUAGAUCCAUAUCCUUCAAUGUUUUUAGCUCACCAUUCUUUAUUUUAACCCUUUAAUUUCAUUUUUUUUUUUGGGUAUCUUAGGCCAGGAAUUAUUUAAAUCUUACUUUGAUUUUGCAUCAAAUGUAAAUGUAAUGUGGACAAAAUAAUGUAAAAAAGAGUGUUAGCAAAAAUGAGAAAUAUUUGGUUAAAUGUG